CACUGCGCGCGGCGUGCACGGACAUGUGGAGGCGCGCGAGGCUGUGCCGCGUGGACCGGAGGAGCAGAUAAGCUCCUGAACAUGUGAACAUAACGGGAGUAAACACUACAGCGCGCGAGGAGCGAUGAUGAUGAUGAUGAUGAUGAUGAUGAUGAUGGUGAUGAUGAUGGUGAGGAGGAGGAGAAGGCUGCUACUGCACUGGCUGCUGCUCGCCGCCGUGGCUGUCGGGAUGGGAGCCUCGCAAGCAGUCUGUCCUGGCACUGAUAACAAGCUCAGCACCCUGUCGGACCUGGACCAGCAGUACCACACUCUGCGCAAGUUCUACGAGAACUGUGAGGUGGUGAUGGGCAAUCUAGAAAUUACCAGCAUCGAGCGCAGCCGCAACCUCAACUUCCUUAAGUCGAUCCGGGAGGUGACGGGUUAUGUUCUGGUGGCUCUGAACCAGUUUGACUAUCUGCCUCUGGAGAACCUGCGUAUCAUCCGCGGCACCAAACUGUACGAAGGCCGCUAUGCUCUGGCCAUCUUCCUCAACUACAGGCGAGACGGCUACUUCGGCCUCCGGCAGCUGGGCCUCAAGAACCUCACCGAAAUCCUGAAUGGUGGGGUGUACGUGGAUCAGAAUAAGUUCCUGUGCCAUGCAGACACCAUCCACUGGCAGGACAUUGUGAAGAACCCUCGAGCUGAACUACUGGUGGUGCCAUCCAACAACAGCGGCAGUUCAUGCAGGCGAUGUCAUCGAUCCUGUAAUGGACGCUGCUGGGGUCACCAAGAGGACCAGUGCCAGACCUUGACGAAGACAGUGUGUGCAGAGCAGUGUGACGGCCGCUGCUUCGGCCCCUACGUCAGUGACUGCUGCCACCGAGAGUGCGCUGGAGGCUGCUCUGGACCCAAAGACACUGACUGCUUUGCUUGUACCAACUUCAACGACAGUGGGGCUUGUGUGACGCAGUGUCCUCAACCUUUCGUCUACAACCCAACGACCUUCCAGCUGGAGCACAAUCCCAAAGCCAAAUACACCUACGGAGCAUUCUGCGUCAAGAAAUGCCCACAUAACUUUGUGGUGGACCACAGCUCCUGUGUGCGAGCAUGCCCAAGCAACAAGAUGGAGGUGGAGGAGAACCGUAUUAAAAUGUGCAUCCCGUGCACUGAUAUCUGCCCAAAAGUGUGCGAUGGCAUCGGGACAGGGAGUUUACAGAUGGCCCAGACGGUGGACUCCAGCAACAUUGACAAGUUUGUCAACUGCACCAAGAUCAAUGGCAACCUGAUUUUUCUCAUCACGGGGAUUAAAGGAGACAUGUACCACGGCAUAGGAGCUUUGGACCCAGAGAGGCUCAACGUGUUCCGCACCGUCAAAGAGAUCACAGGUUUCCUGAACAUCCAGUCAUGGCCGGAGAACAUGACGGACCUUGGCGUUUUCUCCAACCUUGCUACAAUUGGAGGAAGAUCCCUUUACAGUGGGAUCUCUCUGCUGAUUCUGAAGCAGCGCUGGAUUUCCUCCCUCCAGUUCCAGUCCUUGCAGGAGAUCAGUGCAGGAAAUGUCUACAUCACCAACAACAGCCAGCUGUGCUACUACAACACCGUCAACUGGACCGGCCUGUUCCGCACCAGCAGCCAGAGAGCCCUCAUUAAGAGCAACAAGGACCCACGAGAAUGCACUCAUGAGCGGAUGGUGUGUGAUAAGCUGUGUUCAGAAGCUGGAUGUUGGGGUCCUGGUCCAGAUCAGUGUCUGUCCUGCAGGUUCUACAGUCGAGGCAGAACCUGUGUGAAGUCCUGCAACCUCUACAGUGGGGACGUCCGUGAGUUCGUUAAUGGUUCAGUGUGUGUGGAGUGUGACAGCCAGUGUGAGAAGGCUGGAGAUAAAACCCUGACCUGCCACGGCCCAGGUCCAGAUCAGUGUACGAAGUGUCUUCAUCUGAAAGACGGUCCUAACUGUGUGGAGAAAUGUCCUGAUGGGCUGCAGGGAGCCAACAGCUUCAUCUUCAAAUACGCUGAAAGCAACAACGAGUGCCAUCCCUGCCACCCCAACUGCACCCAGGGGUGCACUGGACCUCGCAUCCAAGACUGCAUUGGAAUGCUGGACAGGACUCCGCUGAUUGCGGCUGGAGUGAUCGGGGGGAUGUUUGUGGCCGUCAUCGUGGCACUCGGCUUCGCCAUUUAUGUUCGACGCAAGAGUAUUAAGAAGAAAAGAGCUCUGCGCCGCUUCCUGGAAACAGAGUUGGUGGAGCCACUAACACCCAGUGGGACAGCACCCAAUCAGGCUCAGCUACGAAUACUGAAGGAAACGGAACUAAAGAGGGUGAAGAUCCUGGGCACUGGAGCCUUCGGAACUGUCUAUAAGGGUAUUUGGGUUCCAGAGGGAGAGAGUGUGAAGAUUCCUGUGGCCAUAAAGAUCCUCAAUGAAACUACAGGACCAAAAGCCAACGUGGAGUUUAUGGAUGAGGCACUGAUCAUGGCCAGCAUGGAGCAUCCCCACCUGGUGCGUCUGCUGGGAGUGUGCCUGAGCCCUACUAUCCAGCUGGUGACCCAGCUCAUGCCCCACGGCUGCCUGCUGGACUACGUUCACGAACACAAAGACAACAUCGGCUCCCAGCUGCUGCUCAACUGGUGUGUGCAGAUCGCAAAGGGGAUGAUGUACUUGGAGGAGAGGAGACUGGUCCAUCGGGACUUGGCUGCCCGUAAUGUAUUGGUGAAAUCUCCCAACCACAUCAAGAUCACUGACUUUGGGCUGGCUCGCCUGCUGGACGCUGAUGAGAAGGAGUACAAUGCUGAUGGAGGCAAGAUGCCCAUCAAGUGGAUGGCACUGGAGUGUAUUCACUACAGAAAGUUCACACACCAGAGUGAUGUGUGGAGUUAUGGAGUAACCAUUUGGGAGUUGAUGACAUUCGGAGGAAAGCCAUACGAUGGAAUUCCCACCCGUGAGAUUCCUGACAUCCUGGAGAAAGGAGAACGUCUGCCUCAACCGCCGAUAUGUACCAUAGACGUCUACAUGGUUAUGGUCAAAUGUUGGAUGAUCGAUGCUGACAGUAGACCCAGGUUUAAAGAGCUCGCUGCAGAAUUCAGCAGGAUGGCCAGAGACCCUCAGAGGUACCUCGUCAUCCAGGGGGACGACUGCAUGAAGCUGCCCAGUCCAAACCACAGUAAAUUCUUCCAGAGUCUUCUGGAUGAGGAUGACCUAGGAGACCUGAUGGAUGCUGAGGAGUACCUGGUACCUCAAACCGUUAAUCCUUCUGCUUCCUCUUAUCCACCCAGACUUCAUCUGGACUCUAAUCGGAAUCAGUGCGGAUACCGUGAUGGAGCUAUUCCACCUGAAGAGAUAGUAGGGGCUGCCGUCUCCUCUGGCGGACCAUCCAACCCAGCAGGGACCCAGCGGACGCCACUUGAUUCCCAGGAGGAAAAGCACUGUAACGGAAGCCUGAAGAAACAGCCCGGCUCUGGCCUUGUGGAGGACAGCUGUGGCCAGCGCUACAGCGCUGACCCUACUGUCUUCCUGGGACAGAUAACACAGAGGGGGGGCACUGAUGAGGAUGGAUAUGUGGCCCCCCGGAAGGACAAGAGUUCCUCAGAGCACCUGAAUCCCAUUGAGGAGAAUCCUUUCGUCACACGCCGUAAAAACCGAGAGAUUCAUGCACUGGACAACCCGGGUUACCAUAGCACCCCUGAUGGGCAGCCCAAGGUUGAGGAUGAGUACAUCAAUGAGCCUCUAUACCACAACACAGGUGAGAAGAGCCAGGAUACCCUGAAGAAGAAUGGAAUUCAUGUUCCUAUACUGUCCUUAACAGCAACCAACAUUACAAAUAGCCAUGUACCCCUCACCACCCAAACAGGGAGACCCCAUCACCACAGCCAAGGAGCACAUGUUCAUUUUGCAAUUCCACCUGUUCAACCUCCUCAAAGUGGACCAAUGAGUCAGAAUGGCCAUCAUGCCCAUUCAGUUAAGGGAAUCUCUACUGAUCACCCAAGCAAGUCUGGGCAUCCUUCUGCAACAGGCCAAAUAUGCCACAUCAGCCACCAAGUCCAGCCUGGUUAUACUGGUCCUGGUAGUCUCACAGACCAGCAGGCUCAAAUGUCAAAGUCUGCAGCCACUGGUAAGAGUAGCAUCACUGGCCUCCCGGGCCAUGUUGCCCACCAAAGCAGCAUGCCCCAAACAAGUCACACUGGAACAAUUAUGGUGGACAAGACAUACAAGAACACCUUUGACAAUCCAGAGUACUGGCACCACAGCCUUCCAUCCAAGGUCGCACAGCAUCCACAAGAUCCUUCACUUAUCUGCAGUAACAAUUUCCUCUACAAGCAGAACAGCCGUGUGCGGUCUGGCAUUGCAGAAAAUCCGGAGUACCUGUUGGAAUCCGGCAUGAAGCCAGGCACUGUUCUGCCUCCACCACCAUAUCGGCAGAGGAAUACUGUAGUAUAAUUGCCCAAAUCACUCAUAUUCCAGAGAGCCUGGUUCCCCUACCAGCACCUUAAACAUAUUUUCUUCUUCCUCAGCAGUUCCUGGAAAGUUUAUACCCUAAACUUGCCAUUUCCUGUCUUGUGCCAUAGUCGAUGCUCCUGAGGAAGGAAAUAUAAGACUUAACGGGGAAAGUAGGUCAGUCCAACCAAACCUCAUCCCAGAAUAUUUGCCCAAGUGAGCCAGAGAACGAAGUGUACCUUCCUGCCAUUUGUACCUCUCCUUCUUCAUCCUGUCUGGAACCUAAGGUAACUCUAAAACAUUGUAAAGGUGGUGACAGAUUGGAGAGUUCACCAUUUUAUAGUGUACUUUCAGAUGACUAAAUUUGUCUGGCUAAGAAAAAAAACACAUCAUCAUUAUAUUUGAUUUUCUUCUGGCUUGGCUUGGAGAUUUAGCGCCAAGUCCCAUGGAUUGAUAACUACACUGGAACAAUCUGUAACAUAUUUUUUAUUCCAGAUUCUGUACAACCAAGUACUUCAAUUUUGCAGAAACUAAAACAAGGCCAUAAUGUAAACAAGUCUAUUGG